AUGUGGCAGAAAACUAAAGGGUCCCAAAGUACUGCCGUACCGCGGGGGAAAGCUCUACACCGCCUACCCCUUUUCGCUUCUCUUUCACUAUACCGCCUACCUCUCCUGGCUUCUCUCUUCUCUCUCACUUUACCGCCUACCUCUCCUGGCUUCUCUCUUCUCUCUCACUAUACCGCCUACCUCUCCUGGCUUCUCUCUCACUUCUUCGUCACCGCCCAAUUGACACCGCCUACCACUCUUGGCUUCUCCCAGGUUCCUCACAUCACCGCCCAAUCGUCACCGCCCAAUCGUCACCGCCCAAUCGUCACCGCCCAAUCGUCACCGCCCAAUCGACACCGCCUUUUAUUUGCCAAUCCAGUCAUGGAUAACAUUGCGACACCCACGGGACUGUACUGGUCCGACAUCUACCACAGGUUCCUCCCAAUCCCCAAGAGGAUUAGUAUCUUUGGUGUGUUCCCAAUGGAGCCAGAAAAGCCAAUCGUCUCCGAGAAGGCAACUGAUUCUGGCCUUCAUGCCCAGCUUCACCCGCUGGUUGUGAUCACUGUGUCCGAUCAGAUCGGUCGCCAUUUCGCGCGCAACCAAAGAAGCCCUUUGGUCGGUGCUCUUAUGGGCCAGCAAAAUGGCCAAGAGAUCACGUUGGAGAACGUGUUCGAAUGCCCCGUUACCAUUGACGCAGGAGGCCGGAUCAAGCUACCUGCUGCAUGGUUUGAAGAACGUCUGCAACAAUUUAAGGAUGUUCACAAAUCCCCCGCUCUUGAGCUAGUCGGCUGGUGGGCAGUCACUCCAUCAACUGGCCCAACCGAGGCCCACCUGAACCUCCACAGACAGGUUCUCCAAGACUACAAUCCAUCCGCGGUGUUCCUUGCGUACCACAACACCACUCCAGGCUCUUUUCCGGCUAGGGGGCGGGAUCCCAAGCUCCCCGUGACCAUCUACGAGACUGUCUACGAAGGCGAGAACUCUGCCGAUGCAGACAAGAACCUGCAGCUUGAUGGCGAAGGAAUCCCACUCAAGUUCCGAGAGAUCCCAUUCACCGUAGAGACAGGCGAAGCCGAAAUGAUCGGAAUUGAUACCAUUGCCCAGCAUUCCGGAACUGCCUCCUUGGCUGAGACCCAGGAGCAGGCCAGCGCAAAGAUGGAGAACCAGAGCGUCGAGGGUGAGCUUUCACAGGAGGAAGUAGAGAUCGUCGCAAGCCUCCAAACCCGUAUCAAUGCCACCAGGGUCCUUCAGUCUCGCGUUGAUUCCAUGACUGAGAAAUUGGAAAGCGACGAGCAAAAGACCAGUCCUCAGGAUAAGGAAUCCGGAAAGCGAACCCCUUCCGACCAUUCACGCCGUGAAAUCAACGCCAUCCUCUCCCAGGCAUCCCUCCUAACCCCAUCCGAGGACAGCACCCUCCAAGAAGAGAUUGUUUCCCAAAGCAACGACGUCCAGCUGGUCUCUUUGCUCGGCAAGCUCGGUGAGGGUACCCAGGCCAUGCGGGAGCUUGGUCGUAAGACUGCUACCAUCCAAGCUGGCCAGCAGACGGCUGCUUCACGUCAGGAUCCUCGCUCUAACAUGCAGAGGGGCAACCCAGAUUUCUUUGGCCAGGGUGAACAAGGGGGACCCGAUGCUGGAAUGCGGCAGUGA